AGGUAGAAACUGGAGACCUUUUAUUGUUCUUCAAACAUGGCGGUGGAUCUAUGGCACCAUCAGUCGUAGACACAACAGCUUGUCGCGUUACUAUUUUGAUGCUGAAAGAGGAAGAUUGAUGCACCUGUGUUUGGUUUCGUCAACUAACGUCAGCCGUUUUAUUAUCGAUAACUAAGUAGCUGUGGCUAGGCGAAAAUGGUUGGCGUAGAGGUCUCCAAAGUUGACAGCAGUUUUCAGGUUUCUGCCUACGAGUCGUCCUCAUACACGGAAAACCUCAUUGGGACCCUGCUGGCUAUAUUUGGAAACCUCAUAGUCAGCAUCUCCCUUAGUAUUCAGAAAUAUAGCCAUGUGAAUCUAGCUGGAACCAAAGAUCCACGGGCUUACUACAGGACCAAGACCUGGUGGCUUGGACUGGUCCUGGCAGUUCUGGGUGAAGUGGGAACCUUUGUGUCCUACGCCUUCGCCCCCCUCUCUCUCAUUGCACCCCUCAAUGCUGUGUCUGUCAUAGCAAGUUCAAUUUUAGGCUUCAUUUUCCUGCGAGAGAAAUGGAAACCUAAGGAGUUUUUGAGACGCUAUAUCCUGUCCUUCAUUGGAUGUGCCUUGACCAUUGCUGGGACCUACUUGUUUGUCACAUUUGGGCCCAAUUCUCAUGAGAAGCUGAAUGCGGAGAACAUAGUCAAGCAUGUCAUAGGGUGGCCAGUCCUGUUGUAUUUGGUCCUGGAAAUUAUUGCUUUCUGCUUGCUGUUGUACUUUUAUAAGCAACGAAAUGCAAACUACCUAGUUGUUGUUCUUCUUUUAGUGGCACUGCUUGGCUCUGUGACAGUCAUCACUGUGAAGGCCGUGUCUGGAAUGGUCAUCCUCAGUGUCCAGGGAAACAUGCAGCUCAGCUACCCUAUCUUUUACGUCAUGUUCGUGUGCAUGGUGGCCACUGUGGUGUUCCAGGCAACGUUUUUAUCCCAAGCUUCGCAUUUGUAUGACUCCUCCCUGAUCGCCAGCUUGAAUUACAUCUUAUCCACAACCUUUGCUAUUGUUGCAGGAGCUGUGUUCUACCUGGAGUUUAACCAUGAAGAUGUGCUCCACAUUUGCAUGUUUCUUUUGGGAUGUGUAGUUUGCUUCUUAGGAGUCUUCAUGAUCACUAAGAACAGGAAGAAGGCCAAGGCAUUUGAGCCCUACGUGACUAUGGACAUGAUGCAAGGCAUUCCAACAAUCCAUGACAAAGGCCGGGUGGUCCAGCCAGACUACAAUGGCUCGUUUUCCUACGGCGCCUUGGUGAACAAUGACAGCGUGACCCCUGCCACCCUGCCGGUGGCCCAGGAGCAGAUGGCCGUCAGCCCCAGCCCCAGCAACGCUCCCUAUAUGACGUCUGACCUCAAAAGAGACUGAAAGGGCCCUUGCAAACCCCACAACCCUGGCUCCUUUGAUCUGAAAUUCAAAGUUUAAACACAGCGCCCCCUUUAGGGUGGCUGACCAUGAGAGUAGCCGAUGGCUGCUGGGUUUGGUAGUACAGGACUGAGCUGCUCUUCGUGGGAUCAUCUCCAUUUUUCUUCCCUCACAUUAAUCUCUUAACCCGCAGGACACCUGGACUCAAGGCUGGCCCUGUUAAAGGAAUCCUGUAAAUAAUUAACAAGAAUGAGUAGCGUUCAAGAAGCACACUUAGCGUGUCUACGGACGUUGUCUUUAUUUCAAACAGAACUCUGGGAACAGAGGGAGCUCGCUGGGAGGAAAGGAAAGUCUGUUGCCUGAAGCAAGCUGUUCAUGACUUAAUUUCAUGUCUUAGAAUUUUGUACUUUGUGAUGUCACUAUCACAUCUCAUGUUUAUGAUGUAUUUAGAUGGGUUACGAUGAUAUGUGUUGAAAUGGCUCAAUGUUAAAGACUCCUUACCUCUUCAUCAUUCCUGGAGCUGCACCACUUGAAUGGAAAGUAUCCCAUCCCUUAUGAAAGGGACUGCUUUUUCUGGGGGUAGGGGCAGGGGCUGUCACGUCAACGAAACCUGUGAUGUAGCCCCAAUUUUCUCCUCUGUUUUUUUAGAAUGGGUAUGUGUUAAGGAGUUUCGCAUCUCCCUGUGAGGCUGUUGUUGUUUGACAGAAAGAAACUAGUGGCUCAUAUGACCAUUGCUAACAGGUGGAUACUACCCUUUAAUUCCAACCAUUAUUAUCUAGCAUAUAUAGGAAAUUAAUAUUAAUUGAAAAUUAAUUACUUGAAUUUGCCCUUUGAAAAUAAAACCACAAGGAAAGGUUUUAUUUUAAGGUCCAAAGUAAACACCAAGAAAAUUCUCUUUAAAGGGAUGUUUUUAAAUGCUUGGGAUGUCUGCCUUUCUUUGGAUUUGUGUAUUUGCAGUGAAUCAUUGUAGGUGGCAUUUUUAAAGUCAGCUGAGUUUGUGUCUCCCUGUCUAGCCUCUUGUGGAUUUGAUGUGUCUCCAUGGUGACGCAGCCAUCCAUUUGGACACACGCUGUGCUGUCUUACGCUGUGAAGCCCUUAAAGUUGGGGACCUUUACUGUGUGUGUGCUUAAACUACUGUGUAACCUCAUUCUCAACAUGCUGCUGUGCCUGCUGCCGGGCUCACA